GUAGGGGGCAGUGUGCGCCUUUCAUCAUCCAGUAACCAACUCGUAAACACACACUACGGAACUACAGGACUCGAAUUAACACAUUUCUCAUCUGAUUGUGCUACACAAUACAGGUACGCUGGAAUUUUCGGAGAGCGACUCGGACAUGUCAUAUGUCUUCAUCAAUGACUCGCCGCAGACCAAUGUACCAUUACUGCAGGCUUGCAUCGAUGGGGACUUGAGUUUCGCCAAGCGUCUGCUGGAGACCGGUUGCGACCCCAACAUCCGUGAUCAUCGGGGCCGCACGGGUCUUCAUCUGGCCGCGGCGAGGGGUAAUGUAGACGUCUGCCGCUUCCUGCACAAGUUUGGCGCAGAUCUGCUCGCCACUGACUACCAGGGCAACACUGCGCUGCACCUGUGUGGUCACGUGGACACUAUUCAGUUUCUGGUGUCCAAUGGUCUCAAAAUUGAUAUUUGUAACCACAAUGGAUCGACCCCACUGGUUCUGGCUAAGAGGAGAGGUGUAAAUAAAGAUGCCAUACGGCUGCUUGAAGGGUUGGAGGAACAGGAGGUGAAGGGCUUUAACAGAGGAACCCACUCCAAACUAGAGGCCAUGCAAAUGGCUGAGAGCGAGAGUGCGAUGGAGAGCCAUUCAUUGCUGAAUCCAAACCUGCAGAACAGCGAGGGUGUGCUGUCCAGCUUUCGCUCCACUUGGCAGGAGUUUGUGGAGGACCUGGGUUUCUGGAGGGUCCUGCUUCUGCUGGUGGUCAUCGCCCUUCUCUCUCUGGGCAUUGCUUACUAUGUCAGCGGGGUACUGCCCUUUUCUGCUGGCCAGCUUGAGUUGGUCCACUGAUGGCCUUUUAUAUGGGCACAGACCCUGUACUGAUGGUUCCUUAUACAGUAGUACAAGAUUAGGUCUUAUGAUUAGAAAUGAUCUUGUCAUUGUCAUAGCAGAGGUAGAAUGGGAAAAAAGUACUGCAAGGUUCAAGUAUUUAUGCGGACAAAAAUGUUAUGGACGUUUCCCAAAUGUUCACCAAAUGAUGUAAACGUGUUCAUUUCUCACACAUUUUUCCUUAUUCACUAAACAUGUAAAUGGUCAUUUGGUUAGACAUUACACAUGACUGUUACAGUUUACAAAUAAUAGGGCAUAAUUAUAUUUUGUUUGCAUAUUAAGUUAAUUUAGUGGAAUUAUGUACAUAUAAAGGCCAGAUACUACAUACAUAUGCUUGUAAUGUACUGCUGGUAACAAACUAAUGAACUUUAUUUAACCAACAUUGUAUAUUUAUAUAUAAGUUUAUUGUACGAUUUUGUUUUAUCCUGUAUAUGUUCUUUUUGUUUGUAUAAUAAAUGUCAUUCUUUCCACAAAUAAAUGUAAUGUUUUUUCACAGGAUAAAAUUUCAAUGUUGAUAUAUUUAUUUAGGACGAA